CCCGCCCACCUCUCCAUCCCCAUCCUGUGCUCGGUCGCCUGCGCCUCACCUCUUACUCUCUCCUCGCCCGCGCGCACGGGUUCUUCUGCCUCCAUCACAUCUUUCCUCUGGUUUUUGUCCAUCUCUCUCUCUCCUUUCUGCGCACCCCUCUAAUGUCUCCGUCGACCUUCCCGGUCUCGUCUCCCCCAUUCAUCACUCGCUUUGCUCCUUUCUCCGUCUGCCCAUCAUCAUUUCUGUUCUCCUCCGGCCGCGUCUGGGCGUUGCUCCGCUAUCACCGUCCAUCUCCCCGUGGGGCCGCCAACUCUGAGCGCAUGCAUCUCUGCUCCAUCCGUCCUUUCUGUCUCCUGGUGCGUGUUUCUCUCCAUCCUUCUGCCUUCCCUCGGCCCGCCUUCCUCAUCCUCUCCGCCCACCCAUCUCCACAUUUCUCCACCUCUGGCCAUCCCUCUUCUGCCCUUUGCUCCAGCCUCGGUUCUCCCCGCAGCCUGGCGGCCUCGACCGACCUCCUGCACGCCCCAUGCCGGCCCUCCUGCUCCUCGGGACCCUUCUGCUCCUGGCCUCGACCGCCGGCCAGGCCGGGGCGCGCCCGUCCAACGCCACGAGCGCCGAGCCCCCGGGCCCACUGCCCGCCCUGCUGGCGCACCUGCGGCGCCUGACCGGGGCGCUGACGGGCGGCGGGGGCGCAGCGGGCCCGGGCGCCAAUAGCAGCAAGACCGGCACCGCGAGCGGGGCGGGCGCGGCGGCGAGGGCGCCCCCUCCCGCCGAGCUCUGCCACGGCUACUACGAUGUCAUGGGCCAGUACGACGCCACCUUCAACUGCAGCACCGGCUCCUACCGCUUCUGCUGCGGCACCUGCCACUACCGCUUCUGCUGCGAGCACCGCCACAUGCGCCUGGCGCAGGCCUCCUGCUCCAACUACGACACGCCACGCUGGGCCACCACGCCGCCGCCCCUGGCUGGGGGCGCCGGGGGCGCCGGGGGUGCGGGCGGCGGGCCCGGGCCCGGCCAGGCCGGGUGGCUGGAAGGGGGCCGGGCGGGAGGUGCCGGGGUGCGUGGGGGCGAGGGGCCCGGGGGCAGCACGGCCUACGUGGUGUGCGGGGUCAUCAGCUUCGCCCUGGCCGUGGGCGUCGGCGCCAAAGUGGCCUUCAGCAAGGCGUCCCGUGCGCCCAGGGCGCACCGGGAGAUCAACGUCCCCAGGGCCCUGGUGGACAUUCUGAGGCAUCAGGCGGGACCUGGGACCCGCCCAGACCGCGCACGAAGCAGCUCUCUAACCGCGGGGGUCGGGGUUCCCGACAGCAUGCCCCCGAGGACGCCCAAGAACCUCUACAACGCCGUGAAGCCCUCCAACCUCGAUAACUUGCACCACAACUACCUGCACCUCAACGUCAACAGCCCCAAGCACCAUGCGGCCACGCUGGACUGGCGGGCGGCUCCACCACCCAGCCCCUCCUUGCACUACUCCACGCUGUCCUACUCUCGGUCCUUCCACAACCUCUCGCAUCUGCCCCCGUCCUACGAGGCCGCUGUGAAAUCUGAACUCAACCGAUACUCCUCCCUCAAGAGGCUGGCCGAGAAGGAUCUGGACGAGGCCUACCUGAAGCGCCGGCACCUGGCGGAGGUGCCCCGCGGGACGCUGCCCCUGCACGCGCUGCGGCGCCCCGGCACGGGGGGCGGCUACCGCAUGGACGCCUGGGGCGGCCCGGAGGAGCUGGGCCUGGCGCCCCCGCCGCACCCGCGGCGCGUCAUGUCCCAGGAGCACCUGCUGGGCGACGGCGGCCGCGCGCGCUACGAGUUCACGCUGCCGCGCGCGCGCCUCGUGUCGCAGGAGCACCUGCUCCUGUCGUCGCCCGAGGCCCUGCGCCAGAGCCGCGAGCACCUGCUGUCGCCCCCGCGCAGCCCCGCGCUGCCCCCCGACCCCGCGUCCCGCGCCGGCCUGGCCGCCUCGCACUCCAACCUGCUGCUGGGGCCCGGGGGCCCCCCCACGCCGCUGCACGGGCUGCCCCCGCCGCCCGGCCUGCACGCGCACCACCACCUCGGCCUGCACGGCUCGCCGCAGCCCGCCUGGCUGGCGGACGCCGGCGGGGGCGGGGGCACGCUGGCCCGCAGGCCGCCCUUCCAGCGCCAGGGCACGCUGGAGCAGCUGCAGUUCAUCCCCGGCCACCAUCUGCCCCAGCACCUGCGCACCGCCAGCAAGAACGAGGUGACUGUCUGAGGCCGGGCCGGGGGCUGGGGCGCCGCGGCCUCGCGGGCCCCGGUCCCAGCCUGGAUCCCCCACCACGCCCCAGGGGCUGGGACCCACGUCGGCCAGCGGCCGGGGGGCUGCCUCUGAGGACACCGCUUUGGAUGAAAUCGUCACCGGAGACAAAGCCUCCUGGUGGGAUUUCACCGCAGAUACGAUCCCUCCUCCUCGGUCACUGAUUGAGGCAAGGCAUCCUUCCCAUGACGUCAUCACAGAGGAAGAGGCCUGCCUGUGACGUCAUCACUAGCGAAAAUGUCUGUGUUCUGUGAUGUCAUCACAGGGACAAACCUGCUUCCCAUGAGGCUCAUCACAGAGGAAUAGGCCCGUGCCUGAAGUCAACACUAGAGGCCAUGUCCAUGUUCUACGAUGUCAUCACAAAGACUUCCUUCCUGCGAUGUCAUAGCAGAGGCAAUGCCUUGUCCUGUGACAUCGUCCCUAGAGACAAAGAUUCCUUCCUGUGAUGUCACCACAGAGACAAGGCUCACUCUCAUGAUGUCAUCUCUGGCACCUUUUGACAAAAGGCUUCUUUUGAUAUUAUCAUCACCAGGAAAAUAUUUUCUUCCAGAGAAGAUGCCUCUGUCUAUGAUGUGGUUGCUACAGACAAAGCCAUCUUCCUGGGACGCAUCACAGGGGAAAUGCCUCGCCAAUUGUAUCCCCACUAGAUAUAAGGCCUCCUUUCCACAACACCGUCACAGGGACUCCGCCCCAUUCCUGUGAUGCCAUUGCCCGAGAAGGUGCCUUGCCCUAUGACAUCAUCAGAGGGACUGUGCCUCUUCCCACGAUAUCAUCACCAGAGAUGACAGCCUGCUCUGGAACAUCUCCAGGAUGAGGCCCCUUCUUCAGUGUCACCAACAGACUCUGCCUGCUCUGAGAUGACACCAUGAGACAGCUCCAUGGCUACCGCCAUGUCACAAGAAGGCAGGACAGGCUCAGAGUCCAUGACCAUCCUGGGGGUGACCAGAGAAAGUGCCCUGACUGAGGGAUGUCAUCGCUGGGGAGACUGCCCCAUCUGGAGGGGUCUCUGCCAGAGAUGAUGGUCUGUCUGUAGCUUGUUGGCACUGGGCACCCACCCCCGUCUGAGGCUCUGCCCCAAUGCUGUGAUGUCAUCACCAGAGACACUGCCUGCUCUGGAGGCCAUCCCUUGUGAUGUUGUCACCAGAGUUUCUGCCUUGUUCCCCCACAACUUAGCUUGGUUGCUCUUUCCCCUGACCCCACGGACAUUCCCUGUAGGAUCUCCCCCAGACCCCCUCUCUAAAGAGAAGUUGGGCCCGGGGUCCCACCUCUGCGUAGUGAUGUCACCUCCUGUGUGACUUCUGGAGGAGAGCACCCAGACUGGCUUCUGCUCCCAAGGAGGCCACUCUGGCCCACCAGGCUCCUGGAGGACUGGGACUCGUAGGUGGCCCAAAAGCUAGUGUCACUUCUCUCUACCAUAACUAGAGAUAUCAUCGCCUCUGUCAACAAAGUCCUGGCCUCCUUAGCAGGGUGGGGGAGGUUGGGGUAUGCUUGCUAUUGAUCUUGCUGAUGACAUCAUCAGCACCACAAGACUUCCACCACUCAUGAUGGCAUUGCACCCUGGUCAAAUGCUAACCAUGCCUGAUGACGACAUCAUUUCCCAGCAUUCCCUAUGAUCUAUGGGGUCUUCAUCUCCCAGGAUUCACCACAACUAUGGUAUCAUCCUCUUCCAGGGCUUACCAUGACCAUAGUGUCACCUUCUCCCAAGGUUCCCCAUAGCCAAUGGUGUCACCAUCUUCUAUGAUUCUCCAUGACUAUGGUAUUAUCAUCUCCCAGGAUCUGCCAAACCAUUAUAUUAUCUCCCAGAAUCACCAUAGCUGAUGAUGUCAUUAUCUCCUAGAAUCCGCCAUGACCAAUGAUGUCAUUACCUUCCAGAAUCCACUACGGCUCAUGAUAACAUCCUCUACCAGGAUCCACUAGGACUGAUGAUGCCACCAUUUCCCAUAGUCCCCCAUAAUUGUGAUGUCAUCACCUUGCAGGAUCCACUUCAACAAUGGUAUCAUCAGAGAUCCAUGAGAGCCAAUGGUGUCAUCACCUCCCACAAUCCACUUCAACCAUAAUGUCACCACCUCUAAAGAUCCACUUUAACCAUAAUGUCUUCAUGUCCCAGGAUCCACCAUAGCAGUGAUGUCACCACCUUCCAGGAUCCACUUCAACCAUGAUGUCACUACCUCCCAGGAUCCACAUUAACCAUGGUGUCAUCACCUCCCAGAAUCCAUGACAGCCAAUGGUGUCAUCGCUUCCCAGGAUCCACUUCAACCAUGAUGUCUUCAUGCCCCAGGAUCCACCAUAGCCAUGGUGUCACCACCUCCCAGCAUCCAUGAGAAUCAAUGGUGUCUCAGGACCCAUGACACCCUAUAAAUUCAUCAUCUCCCAGGAUCCAUUUCAACCAUGGCAUCAUCAUCUCCCAGGACCCAGGACACCCAAUGGUAUCAACAUUUACCAGGAUCCACUUCAACCAUGUAUCAUCAUCUUCCAGAAUCCAUCCUCUUGGGAGCCAAGUACUAUAACAGCUGUAUUUCAGUUGUCUUCUGGGGUUACGUGGCACCUACAGUUGUUCCCUUAAGGGGAACCAGCACAAUACACACCAUUUCCCCAUUGCCUCAAAAAUGGAGUAGGGUGGGGCUCCCUCUGAUGACAUCAUCCCUACUCUGGCCCUUCUUGAUAAUGUCACUGCCUCACUCCUGACUUAGGCUGAUGCCUGCAUCGACCCCAUCACAGACUUGGCCUUGGCCAGCCCCCCAUCACCCCUCUGGUGAGAGCAUCCAGGCCCCUCCUGAUAACUCACUGCCCUUCCCCCAAGCAUCUGAUCGGUGACAGGGUCAACACAGAGGCCUCUUAUCAUCACCAGAAGGGGGCUUUCCAGCCCUUAGGUGAAGUCACUGCCUCUUGCCGAAUCCCUGUUACCUGGACCCCCACGCAGAGCAGCACUCCAUUGGCUUGGGCCAAACUCUCUUCAGAGACCCUUGUGGGCUGGGCCAACAUCUGACGACCUCGCUGGGGUCAUGAAUCAUGUCCUCUGCUGGCCUGGUCCUGGGGCAGGCACACCUGGAGAGCCGCGGCCACUGCCAGCGCCACCUCUGAGGGCAGGAUGGGGGUGCUCUGCAUCAUCCCAAGAUGGCAGAGAAGCAGCAUUCUCUCCUUCAUCUCCCCCUCACAUACUGGGGAGGCUCCAGGGGUCUCGGGGAUUCCCCAACACCCAAUGCACAAUUUGCCCCCAGUUCUCUUUGUACAUAGCCAUGUUGCGGGGGGCGGCCAUUCUCCCACUCUUAAAGGGCUACAUGCCCCCUCCCAAGCCCCCAGGGCGAGGUGGGGGGCCUCCUCUCCCUCCUCUGGGCCGUCCCUCUCCCUCUUCUGUCUCCCCUCAAAUACUGGCACCUCAGCUCAUCCUUUCUUGUCAGGAGCCUGGAGCAAAUAACUGGCCCUUGGCUUGCACCACAGCAAGGGAACUUGGGGGCUACCCCCAAUUUACCUGGGCCCCAGGGCCAGUUUUUCAACUCCACGCUUACAGCUGCUCCUAUGGGUUCCCCAAUCCCUUCUAGGGCCUCCCCAUGCCCAGCACCCCUCGGGCAGACUGUGACUUCCCCAGAAAGGAGCCAGCUUGAGUGCCCACCCCCUCCCAGAUGCCCUCCCCUCUGCUCACCACCCCCCCAGAGCACUCAGCUUUCUCCAGCCCCCAGAAUUGGGGGGAUCGGGGCCUUUCAGCUUUUAUAUGCCCCCCUCAACUUGCUCUCUCCCAGCCUGGAUUCCAGGUGUCUUGCCCCUUACCCCCCAUGGCACAGGCUGCCUGACCCUGGGGCCUUGACCUCUUAUCUCAAAUAAGCCAUAGUGGGGAGAGGUCUUGAGGGGGUGAGGAAGCAGGCCUGUCCCACCAGAUCCCCCUCGAUGCUUCCAGAGCUGGGACUUUGCCAUCUGAGUCUUCCCUCCGCCCCCAGAAACGCACACACAGGCUCUUGUGGGAGCACACACAUCUCCCCUUCUGGCUGGGGGGCAAGGAGGGGCAGUGCAGAGAGAACAUUAACAGUUCUGGACCGGGGGCCUCCACAGCUUCCUUAUCCCCCCACGCCGGACCCUCCCGCAGUUCCCUGGUGAGAAAGCCGGCACAGCAGCAACUUGGUAUUUUUUGGAAUAAACAGAUGUUUUCCUGA